CGACUUGCGCGCCCCUCCGCUUCAUCCCCGGCCCUCCCCUCCUCCGCGCCCGACCCGACCCGAUCGAUCCUCCCUCCCCCGCCGCCCUCCCAAACCAGCGGCAUUAACCAACCAACCGCGAGCGCACGGCGGGAAGGCGCGGCCGCGCGGAAGGGCGGAGGCGAGGCGCGCUCCGGCCGUUCCGCCGAAAAUCCCCCCACCCCCAUUCUGACAUGAUCGCCGCCGUCUAAUAACCCGGCAGCCGCAGGAGGAGCGAGGCGCGGCAUUAUGACCAACAACUUCUUGACCACCAUACGGAGCCUCAAGCUGAUCGAGGGGUGCAAGGCCGCGCAAAUCUACCCCUUCAACUCCGUGGCCUCCACGUCUGGCGGCUCCGGGGAUGGAGGGGGCGGGGCCAAGCUGCUCCCGCUGCCGCCGCCGCGCAGCGUCUCCCUGAUGUCCGCGUCGCUCUGCUACCCGCACGCGCCCGCCACUUCGGGGGCCUUCUCUUCCGACUCGACCCUCCCCUGCGGCCUCCCGGCGGCCGCCGCGCUCGAGCCGGCGCUUGACGCGUGCCUUCGCCCCGUUGACCAUGUCUCGGCGCUCGCGGCGUCGUUCCGGCGGAUGUCGUCGGCCGAGACGAAAGGCGACGACCUCUGCGAUGUGUACCUGGAGCAGCACGCGCUGUUCCACGCGCUCGGGGACCCCCGGCUGCUGCGCCGCGCGCUCCGUGCCGCGCGCGUCCACGCCACCGACUCGCACCGCCGCGUCGUGCUCGCCGCCUGGCUCCGGCACGAGCGCCGGGAGGACGAGUUCGACCCGAUGCCGCCGCCUCUCGAUCCCUGCGGCCCAACGACCCCGCUCCUCGAGUGCCCCCGCUCCGCGGUCUUCGCCACGGAGUCCUCCGGCGUGGAUCCCGUCUGCCCCUGCCGCCGCACUCCACCUCCUCCUCCUCGCCCUCCGCGCUUGAGGCGCGACACAAUUUUGAGGCGCAACGCAUCGAUCGCCUUCGAUGAGAGCGAGGAAGAAGAAGAUGAUGAGACCAAUGACUUGUGGUUCGUCAUCGGCCAGGAGGAGGUGGCGUGCGAGCGUUCCUGCAUCGCCGCGCUAGCGAAGCCGCUCAACACGCUCCUCUACGGCGGGUUCGCCGAGGCGCGCCGCGACCACAUUGACUUCAGCCGCGACGGCAUCUCGGCGCGUGGCAUGCGCGCCGUCGCCGCCUACAGCCGACACGGCCGCCUCGACGACUUCCCUCCGGACACCAUGCUCGAGCUCCUCGCCUUCGCCAACAAGUUCUGCUGCGAUGGCCUCAAGGUCGCCUGCGACAACAAGCUCGCCUCCAUGGUGCGCGGCGUGGACGAAGCCCUCUCCCUCAUCGACCUCGGCCUCGAGGAGGCCGCCCAUCUCCUCGUCGCCACCUGCCUCCAGGCCUUCCUGCGGGAGCUCCCCAAGUCGCUGUCCCACCCCGAGGUGGCGCGUCUGCUCUGCAGCCCGGAGGGCAGGGAGCGCCUCGACGCCGCCGGGAACGCGUCCUUCGCGCUCUACUACUUCCUCUCGUACGUCGCCAUGGAGGAGGACACGAGGUCCAACACCACGGUGAUGCUCCUGGAGCGGCUAUGGGAAUGCGCAGAGUUGCCAUGGCACAAACAGUUGGCACUGCACCAGCUCGGGUGCGUCAUGCUGGAGCGCGGCGAGUUCAAGGACGCGCAGGAGUGGUUCGAGGAGGCCGUCGCGGAAGGCCAUGUGUACUCGCUCGCCGGAGUAGCGCGCGCCAAGUUCAAGUGCGGGCACAAGUACAUGGCCUACAAGCUGAUGAACAGGGUGGUCACGGACUACGAUCCUGCCGGGUGGAUGUACCAAGAACGCGCCGUGUACUGCGUGGGGAAGGAGAAGAUGGCUGAUCUCCGGACGGCGACGCAGCUCGACCCGACGCUGACUUACCCGUACAAGUACCGUGCCGCCGCCUUGCUGGAGGAGGACAAGAUGGAGCGUGCGCUGGAAGAGAUCGACAAGGUGCUCAGCUUCAGGAUGGCGACCGACUGCCUCGAGCUCCGGGCGUGGUUCUACCUUGUGGCUGGGGACUUCGAGGCUGCCGUGCGGGAUGUCAGGGCCAUCUUGACGCUGGAUCCGACCUACAUGAUGUUCCAUGGUAAAAUGCACGGGGAGCAGCUGAUCGAGCUCCUCCGAGGGCAAGUGCAGCAGCGGGACAUGGCGGAUUGUUGGUUGCAGCUCUACGACCGGUGGUCAGGGGUGGACGACAUCGGCUCUCUGGCAGUUGUCCAGCAGAUGCUCGCCAGGGAACCCGGGAACAGCAGCUUGCGGUUCCGGCAGUCGCUACUCCUGUUAAGGCUAAAUUGUCAGAAGGCUGCUAUGCGUAGCUUGCGGUUAGCACGGAAUAGUUCGAUUCAUGACCAUGAGAGACUUGUAUACGAAGGAUGGAUCUUAUACGACACCGGGCAUCGCGAUGAAGCACUUGAGAAGGCCGAGCAAUCACUCAGUCUCCAAAGAUCAUUCGAAGCAUUUUUCCUAAAGGCUUAUGCUCUAGGGGACUCUAGCCUUGACGUCGAAUCUGCGCUUUCUGUUGUUCAGCUUCUAGAGCAUGCUAACAGUUGUGCAUCUGACAACCUACGGAAGGGGCAAGCAUACAACAAUAUGGGGAGCAUAUAUGUGGACUGUGAUUUGCUGGAUGAGGCAACUGAGUGCUACAGCAUAGCACUGAGCAUCAAGCAUACGCGGGCACACCAGGGUCUGGCUCGGGUCCAUUUCUUGAAGAAUAGGAAAAAGGCUGCAUUUGAUGAGAUGACAUCGCUCCUAAAGAUUGCCAAAAACAGCGCUUCGGCGUAUGAAAAACGGUCGGAAUAUGCCGAGCGGGACGCUGCGAAAAGUGAUCUCAAUAUGGCGACCUUGUUGGAUCCAACCAGGACCUACCCUUACAGAUACAGAGCAGCUGUUCUGAUGGACGAGAACAAGGAGGAGGAGGCGAUCGGAGAGCUGACGCAAGCGCUGGCUUUCAAGCCGGACCUCCAGCUGCUCCACCUCCGCGCGGCCUUCCAGGACUCCAUGGGCGACAGCGCGAGCACCCUGCGCGACUGCGAGGCCGCGCUGUGCAUGCACCCGGAGCACGGAGACACCCUGGAGCUCUACAACAAGGCUUCCGCCAAGGCUGAGCAAUCCGAGAGCUAGCCUGCGACCACCAUCGUCGAUGAUCAGCUAGCUGAAUGAUGAAACGAUUUUGGCCCCUUCCCUUCCGCAGCAAGGAGAGAAGAAUGCACAGCGAGGCGGGCAGAAGAGAGCACGGACGAGUCGGACCGAUGGGUAUAGACAAAGCAUACGAUGCGGCGAGGCGAAGGUCGGUCGAGCUCUGCGUGUAACGUACAGGAGGUUGAUGAGAGAGCUUGGUGUAACAAAAAUGUAAGAAUAGCAAAGCGUGUAAAUGGCAUCAUUUUUCGUA